UCGACGCGGUCAGUCGCACUUCGGGCCCCGUUCGCGGCAGACGUGUUAUUGCUUUCAUUCUUCCAUACGUACGGCAAUUUCUCAAAGAAAUAUCUUGUAUCAUUCUCGAAGAAGACCACAAAGCAUCCCGGUAUUAACUUCGUUAACAGAGAGAAAGAGAAGAUAUAUAUAUAUAUACAUAUAUAUACAUAUAUAUAUAUAUAUAUAUAUGUAUAUAACAAAAGAAACGCGGUAGAAAAAAACUCGUCACAUUUUCAUCUCGUUUGAUUGCUCUCUUCCUCUCUUUCUCUCUCCCAUUAACUCUUUUUGCAUGUACAUAACUAUUUCUCUCUUUGUCUAUUCGUGUAUGUACACGAGUACAUGAUGAAGCUUAACGAGAGAUAAGCGUUUAAUAUCGGAGGUGAAACUUGUAAAAGAGGUGUGACAUCGUAUUCGGUGGGUGCUCAUCAUAACAAAAAAAAAAAAAAAAAAAAAAAAGAAAAGAAAAAAAAGAAAAAAAAAAGAAAUACUUUUUCACGAACGAACGAAAGGAAGAAAGAAGAGAGUAGCUGCUAUUCGUCCGGUGAGUUUGAAAAGAGACCAGUGACGUAGAGAGAGAGAGAGAGAGAGAGAGAGACAGAGGAGAGGAGAGGGAGAAAAAAGAGAGAAAGAGAGAGGGAAAAGACCAGGAUAAGGCCAAUAAGAGAACGUUCUCGGUUCUACUUUCAAAAGGUCGUAAGAAGAAAGAAAAGAAAAAGGAAGAGAGAACGAGAAAAGGACGAACCUUUUCCUCGGGAUCUUACGGAUAAUCCAGAUUGUGUGUCUCGACUGAUUCAAAAUAAAGUCUCCUUUGCUUCUUGCUCCGAACUUCGUCGCGUUUAUUGAUAUUUCCAUUAGGAAGGACCUCACGAGAGACUGCCAAUAAAGGGAAAGAAAAAGAAUGGCGGUGUUCGGUUUGGUCUCGGCAGUAGCCGGGUUUGUUAAGGUGCGAUAUCUCAUCGACAGAGCCAUCAUCGACAAUAUAAUAUUCAGAGCUCAUUAUAGAAUCACUUCUGCGAUUCUUUUUGCCUGUUGCAUCAUCGUUACUGCCAAUAACUUGAUAGGAGAUCCUAUAAAUUGCAUAGCGGACAAUGCGGUGCCAACUCAUGUGAUAAAUACUUAUUGCUGGAUAACGUAUACUUUCACGUUGCCGACGAAUAACAUGAAACAAGUUGGCACGCAAGUAGCUCAUCCUGGUCUAGGUGGAGAUUACAACGAAGAAAAACGAUAUCACUCGUAUUAUCAAUGGGUACCCUUCAUGCUCUUCUUCCAAGGUAUUCUCUUUUAUGUGCCGCAUUGGAUGUGGAAGCAGUGGGAGGAAGGCAAGGUCAGAAUGAUAUCCGACGGUAUGAGGGGUGCCAUAGUCGAUAGCAAGCAGGAACGCGAGGCCAGAACAAACAAAUUGGUCGAAUACAUCCUAGAUACUUUGAAUUUGCACAACAGUUACGCCGCCGGUUAUUUCUUCUGCGAGGCACUUAAUUUUGUCAACGUUGUUGGUAAUAUGUUCUUCAUCGACACCUUCCUAGGCGGAGCAUUUUUGACAUACGGUACGGAAGUCAUAACCUUUAGCAACAUGAACCAAGAACAACGUAGCGAUCCAAUGGUCGAGAGAUUUCCAAGAGUGACCAAAUGUACCUUCCAUAAAUUUGGUGCUUCCGGCACGAUACAGAAGCUCGACGCUUUAUGCGUGCUCGCUUUGAAUAUUCUCAACGAGAAGAUCUACAUCUUCCUGUGGUUCUGGUUCAUUAUACUGGCUGUGAUGUCAGGCCUAGCCGUUCUCUAUAGUAUGGCUAUCGUUCUUUUACCUAGCACACGCGAAACCAUUCUGAGGAAACGAUUCAAAUUCGGUUCGGCUUCAGAUGUCAGUACACUCAUCAGAAAGACUCAAGUCGGUGACUUCCUCUUGAUACAUCUGCUAGGUCAGAACAUAAAUACGAUGUUGUUUACCGAUGUUCUGAAGGAACUCUGUCGUCGGUUCCACAUUGGUUCAGGAAGUAGUGCAUCACCUACGUCCGUUCCAUCAGCACCGAGCACACUCGAGAUGUCACCAAUUUAUCCGGAGAUCGAGAAAUAUGCCAAGGACACGGAGAUCUAAGCUCUAGCUUCUAACGUUUACGUUUGCUAUACCCCAUACGAAUUUCCUCACCUUCCUUCCUUCCUUCCUUUCUUCCUUCCCUCCUCUAUUUCAAUUUCCUUAUUGUGAUAAUACCGUCGGUGCCUUAAAUGACACCACGUUCAAAGUUUUCGUGCUACGAUAUGAUUUGUAUUUUAAUUUUGCUUAUAUGUAUAAUUUUUUUUUUGGGGGGGGGGAAGAAAAGAAAAAAAAAUUCUUUAAUUUUCUCAAUCAUCGAAGCACGAGGAGCUAAGAGUAGAUUUAUAUUAUUAAGAUUUAUAUUUUAAUCCCAAGUUCGAAUUAUUUAGAUUCUAAUUAGGAAAUUAAAUAUAUUCGUUCUAUCAAUUCAUUCCUUUUAAUAAUCAAAUCGAAAGAUAUGAUAUAUUUUCAGAUAUAUUUUCUUAUCGAGUAGACGACAAUAAACAGCGAGAACAAAAGAAGAAAUGUAAAAUUACUAAUUAAUGGUAAUUAAUCGAAGAAGCUAACAUUCGUUAUUUCUGUUCUUUCAUCCGGCAGGAUACAUUUCUGUAAGAAUUUAAUUAGCCAUUGGAAUCUAUGUAUAUGUGUGUGUAUGUACAUACACGUACACAUAUUGUAGCAGGUGAUAAGAAUUUUGUUGUUUAACGUUUCGCAAGAUGAAAAAAAAAGAAAGAGACGAAUCCUAAAGAUUUUUUUUUUUUUAUGCUUAAGCAACGAAGCAAACAACGUUGAUAGAUUUUAUGAUCCAUUUGUUCUCUUUCAUCGCGUUUUCUCGGUUUCUUUCAUUCCCCUCUUUUAUAUAUAUAUAUAUAUAUAUAUACGUGUAUGUACUAGAAAUGUCGAUUUAUUCGUAAUUGGUGCAAUGACUGGUAGCAAGGUAAAAAAACAAACAAACAAAUAAAUAUAUAAAUAAAAAGUAAAAGUUUAGUAUAGAGUUUGUUAUGUGAGUUUGUCGAAGAGGAUCUUAACUCGCUCGUCAACGAGUUGAAAUUAUAUUUUGCUGUGUCUUUUAGGAUUAAAACAGGGUGGAACGCUAAUCGUAAUCCUCGAGUUUCAUAUAAACGAGUAUAAUAAUAUUAACUUUUUCUAUUAGAAUAAAUAUACAUAUAUAUAGGUAUAUAUAUUUGUUUUUUGCGAAGUCUUGUUUUAAUUUUUCAAGUCUCCAAUUAUUCAUUGAAAAGUCAAUGAUGAGAAAAAAAAUAUAUAUAUAUAUUACUGAAGCUGCCAAUAGUAAUGUUAUACAUUUAUUAUAUACAGUAUAUAUAUAUAGUAUAUACAUGUACGUAUAGAAUUAUUAUUCUCACCUUAGUAUAUAAGAGAAACGAGUGAGGAGAUAAUUGCAACAACUGUUUAAACGAUGUGCCUUUUAUAGAAUUAAAGAUAAUGUUUAAUACGUUAAGUAUGAUAAAAUUAAGUUAGAUUAUUAUAAUUGCUCUGGUAACUGUUGAUUCAUACGAGAUAAUAAGCAAAAUUCAUGUCCGAAUUAAAUUGGAAUUCUUCAAAAAGAA